UGAAAAGAACGCGACUUUCUCUUUACGUUUAUUAGUAGUCCGAAUCUAACACAAAAAGCGCUAUUUUCACGCUCCAGUCUUCUCUCUCUCUCUCUUCUUUCUCUCUCCUCUUUCUUCCAUGGCAGAUCUCUGAUUCUCUCUCAACAAUUUAGAUUUUUGCGCAAACCUCCCUCAAACACUUGGUAAUUUCGAAAGAAGAAAAAAAAAAUCCCCAAUUUUAUUUCCUUAGAUCUCAAAUCGAUUACCCUAAUAGUGUUCGCAAUUCCGUGCUCUCGAUCCAGUCCGAUCCCACUGCAAAUUUUCUGGGCAGGAGAUUGAGUUGAACUGAGUUGAGGAGUGAAAAAUGGCGGGUGGUGCGGCGGGAGGGUUCGUCACGCGAGCAUUUGAGUCGAUGCUGAAAGAGUGUGCUAACAAGAAACACAGUGCUGCUCUCCAGUCCGCCAUUCAGGCUUAUUACGACAGUGAAAAGAACGCCAAUCAACAGUCAAACAUUGGUGAAACUAAUGAAGAUUUGUCAGCAGCUUCAAUUGAAAGUAGUUCAGAGCCUGAGGCUGGGGCUGAAAAAACUGGAGAUGAUUCUUCAAUUAGCACUUCAUCUGGUGCUGAGGAGGUUGCACCUGUGGGCAGGCCUACAAGAAGUAGUGAAUCGAUCGCGACAGUCUUGGCAAAUGCAGGCCACACUUUAGGGGGAGCUGAGGCUGAACUUGUUCUUAGUCCACUUAAGCUUGCAUUUGAAACGAAAAACAUAAGACUUGUGGAGCUUGCUUUGGAUUGUCUUCAUAAACUUAUUGGAUACAAUCACCUAGAGGGUGACCCUGGUCUUGAUGGUGGUAAAAAUGCGCGUUUAUUUACAGAAAUCCUCAACAUGGUUUGCAAUUCUGUGGAUAAUUCAUCACCUGACAGUACCACCCUCCAAGUAUUGAAAGUGCUUCUUACUGCCGUAGCAUCAACAAAGAUGCGAGUUCAUGGUGAACCACUGCUGGGAGUCAUUAGAGUGUGCUAUAAUAUUGCUCUUAAUAGCAAGAGUCCUAUAAACCAGAUGACAUCAAAGGCCAUGCUAACACAAAUGCUCAGUACCAUUUUUAGACGGAUGGAAACAGAUGUGGUUUCUCCCAAUCUUGAGCCGUCAGACUCUUACGUGGAGGAUGGGUCGAAUCCAAUGGUUGAAGAAGUUUCAUCCAGUGAUCAUAAUGAACCAAGUAUGACUUUGGGUGAAGAACUGUCCACGGUUGCAUCUCCUGCUUCCGUUAAAGAAAUCCACAAUCUUGUUGGUGGCAACGAUAUAAAGGGUUUAGAGGCUGUUCUCGAGAAGGCUGUGGAUCUGGAAGAUGGUGGAAAGGUCACUAGAGGGAUGGGACCAGAUAGCAUGAGUGUUGGAGAGCGUGAUGCUUUACUUCUUUUCCGUACUCUCUGUAAGAUGGGUAUGAAGGAGGAUAAUGAUGAAGUUACUACCAAAACACGUAUUCUGUCUCUGGAGCUUCUGCAGGGCUUAUUGGAGGGUGUUAGUUACUCAUUCACAAAGAACUUUCAAUUCAUUGACUCGAUCAAAGCUCACCUUUCAUAUACAUUAUUACGAGCAUCAGUGUCUCAGUCUCCUGUAAUAUUUCAGUAUGCAACCGGAAUUUUUGCAAUUCUUUUGUUGCGGUUUAGGGAAAUUCUCAAAGCUGAAAUUGGAGUCUUCUUUCCUGUGAUUAUUUUACGAUCUCUGGAUAGCUCAGAUCUUAACCAAAAAUUAAAUGUUCUUCGGAUACUGGAGAAAGUAUGCAAGGAUUCUCAGAUGCUUGUUGACCUUUAUGUGAACUAUGAUUGUGAUCUUGAUGCACCAAACUUGUUUGAACGAGUGAUUUCGACAUUAUCCAAAAUUGCUCAAGGUACUCAAAAUGUGGACCCAAAGUCUGCUGCCACAUCGCAGAUCGGAUCAAUAAAAACAUCAUCCCUUCAGGGUCUCGUAAAUGUUCUUAAAUCGCUAGUGGUUUGGGAAAAGUCUCACAGAGAAUCAGUAAAGCAGAAUAAGGACAAGGAUUCCUCUGAGGAAGAAGUUUCAUCUAGAGAAUUUGAUGAAUUAAAAAGUAGGGAAAAUUCAUCAAACAACUUUGAGAAGUUGAAGGCUCAUAAAUCCACUAUUGAAUCUGUUGUGGCUGAGUUCAAUCGAAAGCCGGGGAAGGGGAUAGAACAUCUAAUCUCGAGUGGGUUGGUGGAGAAAACUCCAGCUGCAGUUGCUCAGUUUCUCCGAAAUACUCCAAAUUUAGACAAGGCUAUGCUUGGGGAUUACUUAGGCCAGCACGAGGAGUUCCCGCUUGCUGUUAUGCAUGCAUAUGUGGAUUCUAUGAAAUUUUCUGAAAUGAAGUUUGACAGUGCAAUUCGUGAAUUCCUUAAAGGGUUUCGACUUCCAGGGGAAGCUCAGAAGAUAGAUCGGAUAAUGGAAAAAUUUGCAGAGCGCUACUGCGCAGACAAUCCUGGUCUAUUCAAGAAUGCAGACACGGCUUAUGUUCUUGCUUAUGCAGUUAUUAUGUUGAAUACUGAUGCUCAUAAUCCAAUGGUGUGGCCGAAGAUGUCCAAAAGUGAUUUUGUACGUAUAAAUGCCACAAAUGAUGCAGAAGAAUCUGCUCCUCAGGAACUCUUGGAGGAAAUAUAUGAUUCCAUAGUAAAAGAGGAGAUAAAAAUGAAAGAUGAUCCUGCUGGAGCUUUGAAAAACAGUAAGCAAAAGCCAGAAGUGGAGGAGAGCGGUCUCAUCAAUAUUCUCAACCUUGCUAUUCCCAAAAGGAGUUCUUCAAAUGAAUCCAAACCUGAGAACGAGACAAUUAUCAAGCAACUUCAGGCUAUAAUAAAGGAUAAAGGGGGGAAAAGGGGGGUCUUUUACACUUCGCAUAGAAUUGAACUCGUACGCCUCAUGGUCGAAGCUGUCGGAUGGCCAUUACUUGCUAUUUUUGCUGUUACUAUGGGUGAAAUAGAUAACAAACCCAGAGUUGGUCUUUGUAUGGAAGGAUUCAGAGAAGGUAUUCACAUAACACAUGUUCUCGGAAUGGACACUAUGCGCUAUGCCUUUUUGACUUCAUUGAUAAGGUACAACUUUUUGCAUGCACCAAGAGAUAUGCGUGGGAAAAAUGUAGAGGCACUACGCACGCUACUUACUUUAUGUGAUACUGAUAUCUAUGCCUUUCAAGACUCUUGGUUUGCCAUCCUGGAAUGCAUUUCCCGCCUUGAAUAUACGGUAUCAUGGCCUGCUAUGACUGCAACUGUCAUGCAAGGAUCAAAUCAGAUCUCCAGAGAAGCUACUCUUCAAUCUCUGAGAGAGCUGGCUGGCAAACCAACUGAGCAAGUAUUUGUGAACAGCAGCAAAUUACCCAGUGAAACAGUGGUGGAGUUUUUUACUGCUUUGUGCAGUGUGUCAGCUGAGGAAUUAAAACAGCAUCCAGCUCGUGUUUUUAGCUUGCAAAAGGUUGUUGAAAUCAGCUACUAUAAUAUGGCUCGUAUACGCAUGGUUUGGGCUAGAAUAUGGUCUGUCUUGGCCCAUCAUUUCAUCUUUGCUGGAAGCCAUCCUGAUGAAAAAGUUGCUAUGUAUGCCAUAGAUUCUCUAAGGCAACUUGCUAUGAAAUAUUUGGAACGUGCUGAACUUGCAAAUUUCACUUUCCAGAAUGAUAUUUUAAAGCCAUUUGUUGUUCUCAUACGAAGCAGUAGAAGUGAUAACAUACGCAGGCUUAUAGUGGAUUGCAUUGUUCAGAUGAUAAAAUCUAAAGUUGGAAGCAUAAAGUCCGGCUGGCGAAGCGUGUUCAUGAUUUUCACUGCUGCCGCAGAUGAUGACUUGGAACUCACAGUUGAAAGUGCAUUUGAAAAUGUGGAACAGGUUGUAUUGGAACACUUCGAUCAGGUUGUCGGGGAUUGCUUUAUGGAUUGUGUCAACUGCCUUAUCGGAUUUGCCAAUAACAAAAGUUCUCCUCGUAUAAGUUUGAAGGCCAUUGCUCUGCUCCGCAUUUGCGAGGAUCGUCUUGCAGAGGGCCUUAUACCAGGUGGUGCACUGAAACCUAUUGACAUAACUGCAGACGAAACUUGUGAUGUUACUGAGCAUUACUGGUUCCCUAUGCUGGCUGGUCUUUCUGAUCUGACUUCUGAUCCAAGAGCUGAGGUCAGAAAUUGUGCACUUGAAGUUUUGUUCGACUUGCUGAAUGAGAGAGGGAGCAAAUUCUCAUCUUCAUUCUGGGAGAAUAUCUUCCAACGAGUCCUGUUUCCUAUAUUUGAUAAUGUGAGGCAUGCCGGAAAAGAGAGUUUUAUGCCUUCUGGGGAUGAAUGGCUUCGUGAAAGCAGCGUUCAUUCGCUACAGUUGUUAUGCAAUCUUUUCAACACUUUCUACAAGGAUGUGUGUUUUAUGCUACCUCCACUGCUCAGCUUACUAUUGGAUUGUGCCAAGAAAACAGAUCAAUCAGUAGUUUCAAUAUCUUUGGGUGCAUUAGUGCAUCUUAUUGAAGUUGGAGGGCAUCAGUUCACUGAUAACGACUGGGAUACUUUGCUGAAAAGUAUAAGGGAUGCUUCAUACACAACCCAACCCCUUGAACUUCUCAGUAAUCUGGGUUUUGAGAGCAAUAAACAUCAUAAAGUAUUGGCCAGAGACUUGGACAACGCAUCACCCGUAGCCUCUGGUGGUAAUUUUUCAUACAGCCGUCAAGAUACUGUCUAUGAAAAUGGGAAUACGGUGGGAAUAGAUACCAAUAUUAAUGGAAAUGCACUGGAUCACAAUCAAGAAAUUGUGCGUCCAGUGGACAUGGAAGGAUCUGAAGGUACACCAUCACCAUCUGGGCGUACUACUAGAGCUACUGAUGAUGGAAGUCUUCAACGUAGUCAAACAUUUGGACAAAAAUUCAUGGGGAAUAUGAUGGACAACAUGUUUGUGAGAAGUUUUACCUCAAAGCCAAAAGACCGUGCAUCUGAUGUAAUGAUACCAUCUUCUCCAUCCAAGUCUCCUGAUGCUAGUGUGGAGCCUGAUUCCGGAGCCGAGGAGCAAAGUCUAAUGCUGGGGACCAUUAGGAGUAAAUGCGUAACGCAAUUGUUACUGUUAGGUGCCAUUGAUAGUAUUCAGAAGAAGUACUGGUACAAGUUGAACACGCACCAGAAGAUCACCAUUAUGGAAAUUUUGUUCUCUGUCCUGGAUUUUGCUGCCUCAUACAAUUCUUUUACUAAUCUCAGAUCACGAAUGCACCUAAUUCCCGCUGAAAGACCACCGCUGAAUCUUCUCCGUCAGGAGUUGGCUGGAACUUGUAUCUAUCUGGAUAUCCUCCAAAAGACGACAGAAACAGUUGAUAUUCAGAAAGAAGAAGACGUUAAAGAAGAGAAACUUGAAGGAAUAGCUGAAGGAAAGCUUGUGUUUUUUUGUGAACAUGUGCUGAAAGAGGCAUCUGAUUUUCAAUCUAGCAUGGAAGAGGCGUCUAAUAUGGAUAUUCAUCGAGUUCUAGAACUUAGAUCUCCUAUUAUUGUAAAGGUGCUGAAAAGCAUGUGCCAAAUGAAUGCUCAGAUUUUCAGAAAUCACUUCCGGGACUUUUAUCCUUUAAUUACGAAACUUGUCUGCUGUGACCAGAUGGAAGUUCGUGCUGCACUUACCGACCUUUUUAGGAUGCAGUUGAACAGACUGUUGCCACAUGAAAUUUCUUCUUCCGGAUAGGUCAGAAAGUUCGGCUAACUCUCUCAACACGGGUAAUAUCGUGUUUGGAAAUUUAGUCGGAGAAGAAUCAUUUUUCCCCCUUUCGUUUGUAUUAUUAUUCUCUUUUUAUUGUUCGACUUCUAUUUCUGCAGAUCUUUGGUAUUUCUUACUUCUGCAAGAUUAUGGUGUUAUAUAAUAUAGAUAUGGAAAGGAGAAAUGGAAUAGGAUGUGUUUUUACUUUUUACUGAGAGUCGGGUUUUCGACUCUCGUGUAAAUUUUUUUGUAGAAUGAUGAAAGAGCAUUUACUGUUGACCGUUGGAUGUCUAUUAUUCUUAGACCAUCA